GCCUGGCUUCGCUCGGCUUGGCCGUUCCUCCGUGCGUUGCACAUUACACAGUCAGUAACAGUCCAGCGUCCGAUUUGGAGGGCUCUUUUGAACGUUCUCCAAAAACGGUCGGAGAAAGGAUAAACCAGCAGCACCGGUGACCAGCGAAAGGAAUAAAACGCUGAGAAAUCGCAAUGCGGACCAAACUGCAGCUGCUCUUAUUUACGUUGCUGUUAGUGGCCCUUCUGGUAGACGUCUCGGCUCAGCGGCGAAGAAAAUAUCGUCGUCGCACGACUACGACGGAAGCCAGCGUUCAAGAUGAGGUCAUGAACAUGCUUGAAGCUGAUGAAAUAGCCGAGAAGGCAUCGGAGGAUGCUGAGGUCACCGUUGAAGAUGGCAGAAACGAGGUUGGAUCGAAGCGGGAGAGCUUGCUCCGUUUGGACCCGUGCAUGGAUAAACAUUGUGGCGCAGGACGAGUUUGCAAGGCAGUAGACGAAGAAACAGCUGAAUGCGUUUGCGUCGAAGUAUGCGACCAGGAAGUCGAUCCGAGGCGAAAAGUUUGUACUAAUUACAAUGAGACUUUCGGAAGCGAUUGCGAAGUCUACCAGGCGCGUUGCUUCUGUGACACCGACGACGCCAGAUGCAAAGGCUCUGAUUAUCAGCACGUUCACAUCGAGUAUUACGGCGAAUGCAGACAGAUGCCCAUGUGCAAAGAAGAGGACAUGGCCGAUUUCCCAAGACGUAUGCGCGACUGGCUAUUUAACGUAAUGAGGGAUCUUGCCGAUCGUCAAGAAUUACCGUCACAUUAUUUGAAGAUGCAACGCGAAGCGGAAACGAACCACACGCUGCGCUGGACGAACGCUGCCAUUUGGAAGUGGUGCGACCUGGAUGGUCACCCUCAUGACAGGGCGGUUUCCAGGCACGAACUCUUCCCCAUCAGAGCACCGCUGAUGGCCCUCGAGCAUUGUAUUGCACCGUUCCUCGACUCUUGCGAUGUCGACAACGACCACAAGAUUACUCUAAUCGAAUGGGGCAAAUGUUUACAACUCGACGAGGAUGAUUUGGAAGAUAAAUGUGACGAGCUGGCGGAAGCGACAAAUUUCGAGCAAUAACUACGAUAAAUUCCAACGAAAGGCGGUUACGACUUGAUAAGCGGAACGGAAGGUACAAAAAAGACGGGGAGUAAACACACGGCGCGGACGCUGCUGCGUACAUCUAGAAAAGGGCAACGAAGGUGGAAAACGGCGGGAAAAAUUGCAUGUAAAUUGCUGCACCUGGCAACGCGCAUGUCUACGCAGAGACUCGUCGAUAUUGCAACCCGUCCGUGAUGGUCGUGCCAACAGCAGUUUUAGACAGUGCUCCCUAAUAAUAUAGAGAUAUGUGCACGUUGGGGAUCGUUCGCGAUUUUUCUCUAAUAAGUUUUUAAUUAAUACGUAAACGAACACUGUCAUACGAUAAUUGUCCAUAUUGCUGGUUUCCUAUCCCUAUAUUUAGUAUAAUCUUGAUUGUAUUGUCCUCGUAGCAACAACGUACGUAUUUUCUAUAUAUACACACGCCCACACGCAUAUAUACCUGCAUACAUUUUGUAUAGGUCUGUUAUGUGACUGCCUUUUUCUUAAUAAAGAAUGAUACAUUUUAUUUAA